CCUGUCUCCUUUGCAGGUUGAUUCUCAUAGACCUUGACAUAUUUUUUGCUUCCACAGUGACAUCUGUGUACUUCAGGAGUACCACAGAAAGCCAAGGACCAAAGGAGUAACCUUCGAUCUUGCUUUGGGGCAAACAAAGCCUUGCAUGUCUUCGGCAAAAAUCAGAACGAGGAUGGUCAAAAUUAAGCGACGGCGGGGUCAUGGCGGGGUCAUCCAAAUCCAGCGAGGCCGGCAACACCACCAACUUCAAUAUAUCAAACACACUGACCAGAUCCUAAAACCAACAUUUUUUUAACACCAAUUGAUAUCCAUCACCAAAAUGUCCCGUCCAAAAACCCUGGAAGUGUCCAUCUCAGACCUCGCUCAAAUGAUAGAUCACUCCUUAUUACAUCCCACCAUGACCGACGACGAAGUCCUAGCGGGUCUCGAAAUCUGCAAAAAAUACAACGUGAAAACCGCCUGCAUAAAACCCUACCACAUCCCCUUCGCGCGCAAAGCCCUUGAAGGAACUUCCGUGCUGCUAUGCCCUGUCAUUGGUUUCCCGCAUGGGAAUUCAACACUGGAAGUCAAAGCCUUUGAAGCGAGGCGAGCGGUCGAGGAGGGUGGGAAGGAGAUUGAUAUGGUUGUUAACAUUGGGCGGGUGAAGAGCGGGAAAUGGGAGUACGUGAGACAUGAGAUUGAGACGUUGAACAAAAUUGUGGUGGAGAGGGGUGCGAUCUUGAAAGUAAUUUUUGAGAAUGAUUAUCUCACCGAUGCCGAAAUCAUCCGCCUCUGCACCAUCUGCUCUUCGGCCGAACCCCCCGUAGCAUUCAUCAAAACCUCCACCGGCUACGGCUUCACCAAACUACCCAGCGGCGACUACAAUUAUCGCGGCGCCACGACCCAUCAUCUCGAGCUGAUGCGCAAGCAUGCUGCUGAAGGUGUGCAGAUUAAAGCAGCUGGUGGAGUGAGAACUUUGGAUGAUCUGUUGAGGGUACGAGCGCUGGGUGUUACCAGGGUAGGUGCUACGGCUACGGAGGCGAUUUUGGAGGAGGCGACGAGGAGGGGGAUUGGUGAGAGCAAGGUUGUUGUCGAUGUGCCGCCUUUCAAGGGCGGAGAAUGAUUUGCAUGGGAAUUGCGAAUGGUAGAAUUUGAGAUCAGAAAUGGCAACUCGGGACAUUAUGUAUCAUUCAACA